UCCACCGUGUCACGCCCCCCGUGGACGGUGGACCGCAUCCCUUACCUUAAAGUUCCGUCCAGUGUCAGAGCUUCGACCCUAGCUCCCUUCACAUCGGAGUCGCCGACACUGCUUCUUGCGCCGCCGGGCACCGUGCCCCCGCCGAUGGAUGUCGCCACCGCCCCCGUCUCCCCUGCUCCUCGCACCGUCGAGGACAUCUACAAGGACUUCAACAACCGCCGAACAGCACUCGUCCGUGCCCUGACCGUCGAUGUGGACGACUUCUUCGGGUACUGCGACCCAGAGAAGGAGAACUUAUGCCUUUACGGAUAUUCCAACGGGAGCUGGGAGGUUGCGCUUCCGGCGGAGGAGGUACCGCCGGAGAUGCCGGAGCCGGCGUUAGGUAUCAACUUUGCCAGGGACGGGAUGCACCGCCGCGACUGGCUAUCGCUUGUCGCCGUACACUCCGACUCGUGGCUGCUCUCCGUUGCCUUCUUCUUUGGCGCGCGCCUGAAUGCCAACGAGAGUAUGAAAGGAAAACAAAAGAUUUUGGGGGCGCCGGUUUGGGGGAUGCCGGUGUGGGAACCUGUUCCCCAAAUGGAGGAUGCUAUGUCGGCGCCCCUCAUACGGCAGUGCCGGUGCACCUGCCGGCGCCUAUUUGGGGAAGCCGGUGGAGAUGCUCUAACAUGUUUUGAGUAUGUUACAGUUUGGAUGUGUAACAUUCGUAAGUUUGCAAGCUGGUGUCUUAUCAGCAGUUUGGAAGCCUCUGGUGAUGUUUACAUGUUUUUAUGGAAGUUGACAGUGAAUGUGUUUGAAAAUUGAGACACGGUGAUCUCUCAAUUGCAAGUAGAAACCUUCUGUUUUUUCGAAUAUUCAUUCAUGGCUCCAACUUAAAUUUUCUCUGAUGUUAUUAUGGAGGGCUUCAAUGCUAUUUGGUCUGCUGGUUUCCAUUUAUUCUCUUCUAUUAAGUUUAGGCAUAUAAUUUGCUUAGUUUCCUCCAUUCAGUUUUGCUUACUUAAUUUGCCAUAAAAAGAAAGAGCCUGUCUACAACGUUACAAUCAAAAAAAAGAGGAAUUUCUAGUUCUCAAGUCUGGUUUGUGUAAAAUAUACAGUUUAGUUUUCGUGAAAUGACAGAAUGUCUUUUUGAUGCUUUGUACAAGUACUAGACACAUCACCAGAUUGUUCAAACAGUAUCCUAGCAGAGUUUUAAACAUUCCGUUUUCUCACAAUAAUUGCCUUUUUUUCUAUUGUUCUUUUACAAAAUCUGAUUACUGAAGGGUGUUAAUAUUUUAGUCAGUCAUAAUAGUAAUUUUCCUGUGAUGCUUUAGGAUGAACUGUUAAUAUUUUAGACAUGUUUCUCCUUUUGUUCCACAAUCAAUUCAGUACUCUUCACAUGCUUUCAGUUUUAUAUUGUUGAAGUGGUGAUUUUUUGUUUUGUUUUACGGUAGUGCUUUACGUCUCUCUACUAGGUUCUACAAAACGCUAAAACAAUAUACUUGUGUCCUUCCUUCGUACUAUUAUAGGUUUUUGUCUUGCGUAGAGCCAGCCCUGAAUUUAAUAGUAAUCCCUCUAGAAAACAUAGGGAGCACUCUUGCUCAUAGACACUUAUUGUUUAGGGAACCUAUCCUACACUAUUCUCAAUGCUAAUUUUAAGUCUUGUUGGGUGAACCAUUAGCAUCUAUCUCAUGGGGAAUUUUGGUAAAUUACGAUCGAGUUUCUUCAUUGCACAAUUCUUUCCAGAUGAAGUGUUAGUAAUAUGUCUACCAUAUUUCUGGCUGAUUGUUCUGCUUUUGGAAUACAUUUUGCUGACCAGUUGUCUAUUAAUAUCCAAGUUUGUCUUUAAUCAGUUUUUCUUUUUAGGCAAAAAACUAUUGUUUUCAGUUGAAACAAAAUUCUUAUAUAUUGCCUAUGCACUAAAUCUUCGUGAAUAACCUUAUUUAAUAUACCAUGUGUGGAGUACUUGGUGUCUGAUUGAAAGCCACUUGUGUGCACCCAUCAUCAUUUUAAUAUACCAUGUGUGUAGUCCUCUUUGGGUUAUGCCCAGGGCUAGGCCCUUUUGUACAUUCCCUCCUUUCUUCUCCUCUUGUACAUAUUUUAUCUCUUUAAAUAAAAUUUUACUGUUGGGGCUUCCCUACAUUUUUCAGCUAAAAAAAGGUUUCAUUUCAUGGUAUUGAAAUUUUUUGUUUGAAAACUUCAACCUCAUCCUUUUCCUGGAAUCAGUGAUUUGCUUUGUU